AGCAGAGACCAGCAGGAGGGCGUGGACCUGGUUUGAAGGGGAACACUGAAGGAGAGGGGGAAACAGAGGGAGAGGACAAGAAGAUCAAAGGCACAUGAGGCAAAGCCAAAGCCUCUUGCACAAGAAACAUAGCCUCACACGAGUGAAGUUGCUCUCUGUGUGCAUUUUACUAUAAGUGUGUGAGCAGGUGGGACUUUGAUGGGACAGUGAGCAAUGCCUGACACGCAGCGACAGCAGGUUGGCAGUAGGGGGCAGUGCUCCAGCUGCCUCCUCCCCCUUGUCCUCAUCCUCCUCUCCCUUGCAACCCAGCCCAGCCAAGCAGCCAUAAAUAUUCCCCCCAAUUACCGCAUAAGAGAUCUCAAGAGGCCUCCAGUGAUCAAAACACAGCCGGAGUCUGUCACCGUAUUUAGCACUGAAGACUUCGUCAUGAACUGUGAAGCCUCUGGCAACCCUUCACCCAUCUUCCGAUGGGCAAAGGACGGGGAAGACUUUGACCCAGGCAGUGACCCGGAGCUGAAGGUCUCUGAAAGCUCUGGCUCAUUCGCAUUCUACACACUUAGCAACACCAUGGACACACUGAACAAGUACAAAGGCAAAUACGUUUGCUACGCAUCCAAUGAGCUGGGGACAGCUGUGUCUAACGAGGCCAUACUGAACACGGACGUUCCCCCCUCCCAGCAGAAAGAUAAAAAGGUUGAUGAGACGGCUGACGAGGGAAAAAGUUUUAUUCUGAAGUGUAACCCCCCACAAAGUUCUAUGGAGCCUAUCAUUCACUGGAUGGACUUAAGGUUGCGUCAUAUCGAGCUUAGUAAGCGGGUGAUGGUGGGGAAGGACGGCAAUCUGUACUUUGCCAAUCUGGAAAGUUCGGACAGCAGGGACGACUACACGUGCAAUGUCCAGUACCUGGCAACACGCACGAUUCUGGCAAAAGAGCCCACCUCUCUGAAAGUCACCCAUUCCAACUCGGUACUGCGGAACAGAAGGCCCCAAAUGAUGAGACCUACUGGACAUCACAGCACGUACCAUGCCCUGAGGGGACAGACACUAGAGCUGGAGUGCAUCGUCGAAGGCCUUCCAACUCCAGAAGUGUCCUGGAUGAGGAGGGAUGGCGAGCUGUCAGAAACUCGGACCACCAAAGAUAUGUUUGACCGCCGCUUGCGCUUCACUAAUAUCUCGGAAAGUGACGGGGGCGAAUACCAGUGUAUAGCUGAGAACUCCCAAGGAAACACCAAACACAUUUACAUGUUGACUGUGGAAGCUGCACCUUAUUGGAUCAAGGAGCCGGUCAGUCAGCUAUAUGCCCCAGGUGAGACAGUCAGAUUAGACUGUCAGGCAGAUGGCAUUCCCUCUCCUCUCAUCAGCUGGACCAUCAACGGGGUCCCCAUCUCAGGAGUUGAUAAGGACCCUAGGCGUACUCUGACAGCAAGCGGAUCUCUGAUCCUAGAGGAUGUGAACUUUGGAGACACUGCCAUCUAUCAGUGUCGGGCCUCCAAUAAACAUGGAACUAUCCUCACGAACACCAAUGUUUAUGUCAUCGAGCUGCCUCCCCAGAUCCUCACCGAUGAUGGGAAUACAUAUGCGUAUACAGAGGGCCAGAAGGCUUUACUGGAGUGUGAGACCUUUGGCUCUCCUAAACCAAAAGUGAUAUGGGAAAGAAACAACGGCAGCUCCUCCCUUCUAGCAGAUCGCAGAGUUAACCCUCUCAGCAACGGGUGGCUCGAGAUCGCUAACGUCACCCACGGCGAUGACGGGAUCUACACCUGCACUGUGCCAAAUUCCAAUUUGUCAAUCAGCGUUGAGCUGGAAAUAUUCAAUAGGACCGUGAUUCAGUCACCCCCACAGGCUCUGAAGGUCCGGGCUGGAGAGAGAGCCAUUUUCACCUGCACGGGCCUCGUUGACCCCAGACUCGACCCUCCUUUCAUUCAGUGGAGAAAGAACAACCAGAAGCUGGCUGAUUCCAACAGUGAUGAAAAGUAUACAAUGGAAGGACCGGAUCUCAAAAUAACGAAUGUGCAGCCAGAUGAUGAGGGAGUGUACACCUGUGAGAUCAUCACAAAACUGGAUGUAGCAGAAGCCAGGGGUACCCUCACCUUAUGGGAUUGUCUCUACAACAAUAACAAAAAACACAAGAAGACAGACACGCACACGUUAUGUUUCCAUUACUUCCUUGGGAUAAUGUCCUUUCUCCAUCACUCCUUGACUUUUGUCGUAGAGUAUGUGGUAGAGUUUGAGGACCAACGUUCGAAUGAGAGCGUCUGGAAAAUGCUGGCCAGAGUUAGCGGAAACAAAGAACGUGCCGUUCUCUCCCUGUGGCCCUUCAUGUCCUACCGUUUCCGGAUCAUUGCCAUCAAUGACGUGGGCAAGAGCGACCCUAGCAAACCAUCUGGAAUACACAACACACCUGCUGAAGCUCCAGAUAAUAACCCUCAAGAUGUCAAGAGUGAGUCCAUUGAACCGAACACUCUGGUCAUCACCUGGAAGAAAAUGAACAAAACUGAGGUCCACGGACCUGGCUUCACGUACUGUGUGCAGUGGAGACAAGCAGUGGGAGGUGGGCCCGACUGGCACGAGAGAAACGUAACAGAGCCGCCUUUCCGUGUUGACAAUGUCGGGAACUUCUCUGCGUAUGAGAUUAAAGUUCAGGCUUUCAAUGAGAUAGGGAGGGGACCUGAGCCAGACCCAGUCAUAGGCUACUCAGGAGAAGAUGUUCCUUUAGAGGCUCCGAUGGAUGUGGGUGUUGAAAUAAUAAACAGCACUACAAUCAAAGUGACCUGGGCACCUAUAGACAAAGAGACGGUCAGAGGACACCUGCUGGGAUACAAGAUCCACUAUACCAGGAAAGUGCAUAGGAGCCACCACCGAGGCCGCAGGGCACAAGAGUUAGAAAGCACUGUGGUGGUGAAAACGGAGCCCAACGAGAAGAAGAAAGUGAUCAGUGAUCUGAGGCCGUUCUCCAACUACACCCUUAAGGUGACUGUGUACAACAUAAAGGGAGAAGGACCCUUCUCUGAGGCGCUGCCCUUUGAGACUCCAGAGGGAGUCCCUGGUCCUCCCUUGACCCUGACCCUAGACAGCCCAUCAGAAACAGAAAUGACCCUCCACUGGACACCUCCUGGCCAGCCCAAUGGAGUGCUUAUUGGAUAUCUGCUGCAGUACCAACAGAUUACAGAGAGUGAUGACAGCCCCAUGCAGGUGGAGACAAUAGAUGACCCCACAGUCACCCACAUCACCCUGAAGAACCUGGACCAUAAGAGCCACUACCGUUUCUACCUCAGGGGGCGGACUGCUGCUGGGGAUGGAGUACCUACAACGAUGAAGGGUGCCACUAUGCUGGAUGGAGUAGUUCCUAUGAACAUCAGCCUGUCUGUGGGGGAAAACGCAGUGAACUUUAGCUGGGUACCAGAAAAGAGACGCAGGAAUGUUGGCUUCCAGAUCCAAUACCGCAACAAGAACGAUGGCAAUAAAUGGAAGACGACAGAGAAGGUGAACUCCUCUCAGUCUUUCUACCAGAUCCAGGGCUUGACUCCUGGCUCCUAUUAUUCUUUCCAAUUUAUCUACAACAACACGACCUUCUUCAAGGCUGGAAUCGAGACAGAAGGAACAGGAGUAACAGAGAUGCAGCCAAGCUUUGCAACACAGGGCUGGUUCAUUGGCGUUGUGAGCGCCAUCGGGCUGUUGUUGCUGAUCCUGCUCAUCCUCUGCUUCAUUAAGAGGAGUAAAGGGGGAAAGUACUCAGAUUUCUUCUGCUCUUCAUGCUGCAGUGAUCUCGAGGAGAAGCGAACAGCCAGCCAGCCGUCUCUGUGUGAGAAGAGCAAGCUGUACAGCGAAGACAACCUCGACUUCAAUGGCAGCAGCGCCAUGACCACAGAGCUCAACAUGGAUGAGUCUCUGGCCAGCCAGAUCAGUCGUCCCAGUGGCGGUCCAGAAGGUUUCCACGGCCUGCCGGAGAACGCCCCGCUGAACCCCUCUACCUUCUCUCCCGCCACCAAUGGCGUGCCCAACUCAGUCACCAUCCUCGAUUAACCCCCACACAUCCACCGGGGACCAUCAGACCAAAAUAUGUCAACACGUAUGUGCCCAUAUGCUCCUGUUCCCUACUGACUUGCUGAUCUGUACUUCGACGACUAAUAAACAAUCAUGUUCAGAUGUCCCUGGCAGCCAUCUGAUUGACUAAACUAUAUUGACCAAAGGAGUGUCCAAAGUAGUGGACAGCGAUAGCGAUAUAAGCCCGACUGACAUGAACAUGCCCUUUGACCUCCCUUCAUUUUCCUGUGCAGUUUACAACUAAUGAAAACGACUAACAUUCAUUUCUCUAGCUCCUCUUUCGUUCUCUCAGCAAACAACAGCGCAGAUGCAUAAAGACAGAAUGUUGUACAGUUAGAAAUAUCAGGGGGUGUAGGUAUGGUCAUGUAAAGAUGCAGAGUAGUGCAUUAAAAGUAAAGGAUGAUGGUAGAACCCAGUGUAGGGAGCAAGACAGCUAAUGCUGCUGUAAAAAAAAAAAUCUUGAAUCUUAGAUAUGAAUCAUGUUUGAUGUACUUCCCACAUGAUUUUGUCUGUCUAAUUGCCAUUUAAUGUCUCAGAUUGUACUUGCCAGUGACAUUUUUUUCAAU